AUGGAAGAGCAAGGGCAGCAACACCAUCAAGACCCAAACAGGAGCCAUAGCCAUGGUGCUGGUGGUUCUUCCUCUUCCUCUGAGAAGCAGAGUAGCGAACCGGUGCGCUCAAGAUGGACGCCCAAACCGGAGCAAAUACUUAUUCUUGAAUCCAUCUUCAACAGCGGCAUGGUUAACCCUCCAAAGGACGAGACCGUCAGGAUAAGGAAGCUUCUAGAGAAGUUUGGCGCUGUCGGCGACGCUAACGUUUUUUACUGGUUCCAGAACCGUAGGUCCAGAUCUCGUCGCCGACAGCGCCAGAUUCAGCAGCAGCAACAGCAGCAACAACACCACCAACACCAGCUCGGUGUUGGUGUUGUUGGGGUUGGUGUUGGUGGUGCAAUUCAGUGUGAUCAGGAUCACCCUGGUCAACCUGCACUCUCAGUAGGGAGUUCUUUGGGUUUCGGAGAAGCCAUGGAUAACUUCUUCUCUGGUGUUCCUCCUCCUCAUCAUCAUACUCCUCAAAUGGGGUUCCAGGAAAUUGAUCACACUUCAUCUUUGUUCCCUCAUGUUCCACCAAAUUUCACCUACAACUCCGGAUUUGGGGGCAAUAAUAUGUCAGGAUUCAUCACAGUGUUCAUCAAUGGAAUUGCAACAGAAGUUCCAAGAGGUCUUAUAGACAUCAAAACAUUGUUUGGUGAAGAUGCAAUUUUAGUUCAUUCUUCAGGAGUGCCACUUCCAACCAAUGAGUUUGGCUUCUUAAUGCAGACCUUGCAGCAUGGUGAAAGCUACUUUCUGGUUCCAAAGCCAACAUAAGCAGGAACCGGUCGAUCGUGGUAGCAGAAAAAU